GAAUAUGGGAAUAAGUUGUAUAAAGACAUGGACCGACUCGUUGCAUACGAAAAGGGAUUGAAGACAUGGACUAGAUGGGUAGACUUACAUUUGAGCUCUUCAGAUAUCAGGGUGUUUUUUCAAGGAGUCUCCCCUGAUCAUAUGAAUGCCCUUAACUGGACAGCUCCAAAUGCAAGAACAUGUAUAGGAGUAAAGCGACCGUUACUCGGAGCAACAAACAAUGGAGUAGUUGAAGAACACCCAGCAGAAAGGAUAGUAGAAAAGGUGAUUAAGAAAAUGGAAAAGCCAGUAGAAUUGUUAAGAGUAACACCACUUUCUCAAUUAAGAAGAGAUGGACAUCCUGGAGUUUACGGAAUUCAUAGACAUAGACUUCCUGAUUGUAGUCAUUGGUGUCUUCCUGGUGUGCCUGAUGCUUGGAAUCAUCUCCUUUAUGCUUCCCUUUAUUUUUCCACUUCUUGAUUUACGCUGUUGCUGCCGGGAUCAAACCCGACUUUAUUAUUCAUUGUAUUUCUUAAAUUAACAAAACUGUUCAA